UUUACAUAAUCAUUUUCACGAUACAUGGUAAUUAAAUUUUCGUGGAGGACUAGCAGCUAGCAGUCGGUCGAUCUAGAAAGUGCCUGAUUGAAGUGGUGUUGACGACGAGGAAUAGGAUUGGUUUGGAAGCCAGUGCAAGUCCAGCUUGUAUCGCGCUGCGAGUGCAGACCGCAAUGGUAGUCCUUGCAGCGCGUCGGCCCGCCUCUCAAGCGUCCUUGGCGCUGGCACGCGUACUAGCGUUAUGGCUUGUGUUGAGCGUUUCUCAGUUCGUGACUGCAUCGGGGCAGUGCCGCAACAUCACCACGCCACUGCGUUUCACUGUGGACUGCACCGCAGUAACACCUCUGGAUACCCAGCGGGCUUCCAACUUUCUCGCGGCCAUGCAGUUACACUUGGUGGAGUUUGAUGAGAAUGUAACUGUGUCCCUUAACUUAUCUGGCAAUGCCAUCACUAGCAUUUCAACACUAUCGGCCCUUCUCCAGCCAUUCUCAACCAUAGAUCUGAGCAACAAUAGAAUUGCCAACUUGACUUCAAUGGAUUUUGUUGACCUGGUCAACCUAACUACACUAGAUCUCUCGCGCAAUUCGAUCACGGCGAUCGAGGUCAGUACAUUCAAUGGCUCAACUCAUACUCCCAACGUGACGGGCAUUGACCUGUCCUACAACCAACUUGAAGCUCUGCCUGAAGGUGCAUUUGCCAACUUGCUUGAACUAACAACACUGGACCUGUCUUAUAACAUGAUUCGUCUCAUCUCAGACUCUGCCCUGGCGGACAGCAGCAGCUUGGCACGAUUAGUAUUGUCGCACAACUCACUCCGUACAGCGGAUUUCCUCGGCAUCUACAGUCCAGUUCGAUACCUGUACCUUGAUGAUAACAGAAUUGAAACAACUGCUGGGAUGCGAGCUGCCAACUUCUCAUUCAUUGAUAUUCGUAACAACAACAUCACCACACUUGACCUCACUUUCCUCGCAUCGACAUCGCCAGCUUUCAACAGCAGCGGACUGCUCUGCAGUGGCAACUACUUUAGCUGUGCGUGUCUUCGCAACAUCACUGACAUAAUUGACCGGUCCAAUGUGACCUUGCUGAGAGAGGAGCAGAGAGCAGGCCUGUGUGCUUGUUCCGUGCCGAACAGGUCGUAUCGAUACGGUCGUGAUUGCUCAAUGGCAUGUGAUUGCCAGGCGAAUACCACUGUCAACUGUCACCCAGUCAGUGGGCGAUGUAACUGCAUUCCGGAUUAUGCCCUACACAAUUGCUCUCUUGAUAUCCACUCAGAGUGUCCCAGCGUGUGCAACUGCAGCGAAGACGCCACCAGGCUGCUCUAUGCCAACUGUGCCGGUCGUAAUUUGACUGCUCUGCCGGCGUACAUCAGCCCGUACACAUCCGCACUUGAUCUCAAUAAUAACAUGUUCACCGUGCUCAACGGCUCUGAGUUCGCAACUCAUACAAGGCUACAGACAUUGAGCUUCAGAAACAAUAGGAUAUCAUCAAUCAUCAAUGGCGGUCUUUCUCAGCUUCCAGUCCUCAUAUCACUGGUUCUGGAUGGCAAUUUGCUGACCUAUGACAGCCUCAACUCAUCAGGAAUUUUCCCAAGAAGUUUGGUCCAGUUGGAUCUGUCUGACAACCCAAUUGGCACGGUUCCAAGGACACUACUUACGAAUUUGACUCAGCUGCAAGAACUUUCUAUGAACAACUGCUCCAUAACGGCAAUUGAAGUUGGUUCAUUCUCUGGUCCUGUGUCUCCUGUUACCAUGCUCCUGUCCCUUCGCAACAACCUCAUCGAGCGUCUCAAUGGUUCAACAUUCCAGGCAGCUGGAUCUGUAGUACGCAAUCUCUACCUCAACGAUAAUCGGAUCAGUUCCAUUGACAGCGAUGCAUUCCUUGGACUCAGCAAUAUGUGGAUAUUGUCUUUGAAUGGAAAUAACCUGAGUGAUGAGCUGAGCCGGAAAAAUGUUUUCCUGGGCCUGAAGAACCUGGCUACCCUGCAGUUGUCUUCAUGCGGUAUCACAGAACUGCGGCGCGGCUCUUUUGCUGGUUUGAAUAUGACAACGUCGAUCGACCUGGAUCACAAUAAUCUGACAUCUUUGAAGGAUGGGGUGUUUGACAAUGUUCUAGAUGGUGGAUUCAGCUUUCUGACUCUGAACAUCAACCUGCGGUACAAUCAACUGCAGCGUCUUGGAGACAAUGUUUUCGCCAACCCAAGAAUCCUGGCAGCACAACUAAGUUAUAACUCGUUGACAUCUGCAAGCCUACUGUCUGGUUGCCUCGCAAGAGCCCAGUUGGGAGUAAUUGACCUUGACCACAAUCGGCUUACUAAUCUCACUGCUGACAUGUUCAACAACUCAAGGCUCGGAGAGCUGAGAGCACGCAGCAACAGGAUCAGCAGCAUUCCAGAAGAGAGGAUAUUCGUCAAUAGGACUGAAAAUUUAUUCCUGUACCUUGAUGACAACCUUCUCUUUCUGAAUACAUCGUAUCGCUUCAGCUGGCUAGGUGCCUUGACCGACCUAUCCCUGGCAGGCAACGGGAUUUAUUAUCUGGGCAGAAUGCUCUCUGGUCUGCAGUUGAGGACACUGGAUGUCAGCCGGAAUUCCUUGGGAAUACUGCCAUUUGUGGACCUCAACUAUACCUCCCUCGUGUCUCUAAAUGCCUCGCAGAAUACCAUGAGCACGUUCCUCGGAAAUUUUUAUGUUGCUGCACCGGCUAUGCACACCUUAGAUCUCAGUCAUAAUAGCUUCUCAUCUUUCAGUCGCCUCAGCACACUUGGUACCUUUCAUCGCCUUUCUUCGCUCGACUUGUCUUACAACCAGCUGGCCAAUCCUACAGUAGACUUCUCUCCAGUACUGGGCAAUAUGACCGUGUUGUCGUAUCUCUAUCUCCAGGGCAAUAGGCUGAAGAGUUUGGACAGGGUCCUACCUGACGACGUUGGCAUUUCGCUCAUAAAUGUGUCUUAUAACCAACUUCUCUAUGACAGUGCAUCAUUCGAGAGGAUCUUCACCAAUGCAAGUAGUUUCCUCAAGCUCACAAGCACAGGCAAUUACUUCAACAGCACUUGUUUUGACGAUGCAGUCAACAGGCUGGCUUCCAACAUCGUGGACCUGAUGGAUUUGGGAGGGCCUUACAGAUAUUUGUUGCGCCAGGAUAUCGGUGACUGUGUUUGUGCCAACAACACUUGGGGUUUGGACUGCAAUCGGAGCUGCGCAUGCAAUGAUGAGCUAGAACCGUAUGCUUACCGACCCAAUGUUAACAGCACAUGUCCUGUACAAGGUGGCCUGUGCGCCUGUUCUUUCUAUUGGACGGGUAGAGCUUGUGAGCAAUACCAAGUCGAACGCUAUGGUUGUUUUCAGCUUAACACGUCCAACACUUUGGAACUUGCCGCUGGAAGCUACGCUUUCGGCCAAACCGCCCACGAGGAUGCAUUCACGAUUGAGAGCUGCCUAGCCAACUGCAGCUCACUUGGUUACCUUCUCGCCGCGCCGUUCGUGUCGUCGAAAGGCUCGAGCGCGUGCGGUUGCCUCUCAGAUUUCGCCCAUCUUGGAUUCAGUGACGAAAGGCUCUGCACGUCUGAAUGUGGCAACACAACAUGUGGUGGCGUGAACGCAGUCUCUAUAUUUGCUCCUUUUGCCUGUGAAAACAGCAACUGUGUUUGUAUGGGAGACAGUGUGCAGUGUUCCAAUCUGCCAGUUUUUCCUCCGGGAAUACCAACCACAACACGACUCCUGGACUUGUCGAACAAUCGCAUCAGGAGCGUUCCGACUGGCGCCCUUUCGAGAUUGACCAAUUUGGCUAGGUUAAACAUGUCCGGCAACUUGUUGAACAGCUUCGAUUCCUCAUCAAGGACUAUCGCAUACCUAAAUCUGGCGAAUAAUCGACUGGAAGCAUUGAGCAUAACUUCAGGUUCUGCCUUGAAAGAAUUAUAUGUUCAGAACAACAAUGUGACGAAUGCCUAUCUUAUGCUGCCUACAGCACCUGCUUUGGAGAGAUUAGAUAUCAGCAACAAUCGUCUUGGCAGCUUCAACUUUCCUGCAUUGAUCCGUGGAGCGCGGAGCCUGAAUGCAUCCGGCCUGAGUUGCAAUGGAAACUAUUUCAACUGUUCAUGCCUGAAGAGCUUGGCCGACGACUUCAAUUGGAAGAACGACACAAACGCCACCAAUCCAGAUGCGACUACAGGAUGCGCAUGCUCGUUCAACAGUCAAGGAUUGUUCACAUACGGACUGGAGUGCGGCAUGCCGUGCGAGUGUCAAGUCAACACCACUGUCAGGUGCACGCCGAUAUACGGCAUUUGCCAGUGCAUUCAGGACUAUGCUCUGCUCAACUGCAGCCUCAACCUACGCACAGAGUGUCCUAAAGACUGUAACUGUUCGGCUGCAGGCAACCACUUGAUCCGGACGGUAUGCCACAACCAAGGCCUGACAACACUGCCACCGCUGAUUAGUCCGUUCACAUCAUCAUUAUCACUGGACGGAAAUGCCAUUGUCAAUCUGACUGUUGCUGACUUUGCGCACCUGCAGUUUCUAUUCGACCUCUCGAUUCAAAACAAUCAUAUUUCUCGGAUUGAGGAAGGUGCUUUUGAUCGCACCAACCUCUUCAUUCUAAGCCUGGCUGGAAACCGCCUUACUGGUCCAGCUCUGAAUUCUUCAAAGUUGUUUCCGGCUUCUCUGUUACAACUGGAUCUAGGCUCAAACCCACUGGGAUCGGUUCCAUCAAGAUUGUUCUCUAAUAACUCCCGACUUAGCAAGGUGAAUAUGAAAGGCUGUGGCAUUUCAUCAAUAGAGGAUGGUAGCUUUUCUGCUCUUGGAGAUUACUUGAGGUUAAUUCUGGAAGAUAACAACUUAACUAUGCUGACACCUGGGACUUUUGGUGCUGCGGGGAGUACCUUGUAUAACUUGGCACUGGACAACAACCACAUCAGCAGUAUUGAUGUCAACGCGUUUGUGAAUCUGACCAGUCUCUACACACUGUCAAUGAGUGGAAACAGAAUCGGUGGUAACUUGUUGCCAUACACCUUCAGAAGCCUAUCCAAUCUGAUCUCACUAACAUUGACAAACUGUGGUAUUACUCAGCUGAAGCAAGGUACUUUCACUGGCCUAAGAAGCACCUACAUCAUCAAUUUGAAUCAAAACAACCUGACUCGACUUGACGAUGGCUUGUUUGACGAUAUCCUGAUGGGAAGUGCCUCCGUCUACGUACUGAGUGUUGACUUGAGCAGUAACCAGAUAUCCAGGCUGGGAAAGAGAGUCUUUGCCAGUGAACGGAUUAAGAAGGUGUAUUUGUCUCACAACAGACUGUCCUCGGAAGAAUUGGAGAACAGUACCUUUGUACUAUCUCAUGUGAAUCACAUUGAGCUGGAUAACAACGCACUGACGUUCCUGUCUGAUUUCAUGUUCAAUGGCAGCCAUCUGUCCUAUUUGAGCGCUCGAAGCAACCGAAUCAAUCGACUGCCAACACGGGAGACAUUCCUGCCCCCUGGUAGAGGAACCACUACCCUAUAUUUGGAUGACAACAGAAUUUCAUCCCCGACCUCGGCCACAUUCCAGGCUGUCCGGAAUGUUAAUAAGCUUUCACUGGCCGGGAAUAGAAUAUCCAGCAUGAGAGAUAGCUUGAAGGACCUGACACUGAACUACCUUGACAUCAGUCGCAAUAGGCUAUCAAAUUGGAGCGACAUAAACCUGAACACAACUACUUUGAUAACAUUGAAUGUGUCAUACAACAUGUUUACCUCCUUCGGCUUGACCACUUCCAGCUCGGCGAUGCCAGGUUUAACAUCACUGUAUCUGAGUCACAACUUGAUCAAGUCAUUCUCUGAUCUGAGACAGCUCUCUCUUUACACACAGCUCUGGACAUUAGAUCUGUCGUACAAUCAGCUUGUCGACCCCACAUUCAACUUUGCAUCGGUGCUUGCCUUUAACCCUUUCAUCGAUACACUAAACCUGAAAGGAAAUCACCUUCAAACUCUGAGGAAUGUCAUUGCAGCGGACUCAAACAUUAACGAAUUUGACUUCAGCUACAACAACAUCACGUAUGACACCACCUUGUUCCAGAGCCUUUUUUCUAAAACCUCUUCUGACAUUAUAAUAACAAGCUAUGGCAAUUACUUGAAUGGAAGUUGCCUGAAUGAUGCUGCUAACACACGCUCACAGACCGUGCAAAACACCAUCACGUCUGGUGGUCGGCUUAUUACCGUCGUCAAUCGCCUUAUACCUGAUUGCGCAUGUGGCAACACAACCUGGGGCUUGGACUGUAACCAGACGUGUGCUUGCAACGAUCAAGUAGACGCCUACGCGUAUCGUCCCGACUCCAGUGCUCCGUGUAUGCUGCGUGGUGGACAGUGUCAGUGCCGAACGCAUUGGGCUGGAAGAGCUUGUCAAGAGUUCACUGUCAUACGGUUUGGAUGCUAUGCUGCAAAUGUAUCAGCUGAUUUUGAGUUGACGACUACGCCGACGUCCGGAACAAUCCAAUCUUGCAUAGCAAGCUGCAGUGCUAUGGGCUUAUACCUGUCAGGAUCCUUCAUAGAUGCUGGCAAUCGCAUAUCAUGUGCCUGCCUACACAACUAUGAUCACCUCGGCUCAACGAGUGAGCUCCUCUGUACACAGUCUUGUGGUAACACUACAUGUGGAGGGAACAGUUCUAUUGCAGUCUUUGCACCCAGAGCCUGUGACUUCUCUGGCUGCAACUGCGGCAAUCCGGAUGGCACCGUGACGUGCAGCAAUUUGACUGUGAUGCCACAUGGCUUUCCCGUUACCACAUCCAAACUGUUACUUUCAGGCAAUUCAAUCAAGCAGCUGGUUGUGGCUGAUUUCCCUGCUACACUGUCACAACUAACUGAAAUCGAUUUGUCCCACAAUAAGCUCACACAUAUCCAGGGAGGAACGUUCUCAUACUUGACAGCAUUGAAAAGACUGGAUUUAUCUGGCAACCUGCUUUGGAUUUUCCCAGGAUCUGGUCUUUUCACGCCAUCGCUCAGAUAUCUAAAUGUGUCCAAUAAUAUGUUGGUAACAGUCAACUUUGGAGAGGACUUACCACUUACGGAGCUAUAUCUUCAGAACAAUAACAUCACCAAGCUGGUGCUGUUAGGAGGUCCUAAUCUCAAAGUCUUGAACAUCAACAACAACGAGCUGAUAGGGUUCAACGAGACACAAUUCUUACGCUCGGCAGUGAAUUUGACAUCAUCAGGGUUGUCUUGUGACCAGAACUAUUUCAGCUGUCCUUGCCUUCAGCAGUGGGCGAAUAACGUCUCCUGGAAAUUGGAUGUAAACAGUACUUACCCAGCUGAAGCAGAUGCCUGUGGCUGCUCGCAAACAGGUGGGGCGUAUACGUAUGGUCGUAGCUGUGCGUUGCUAUGCCCGUGUGUGACCCGCAACACACAAUCAUGCCUACCACGGACUGGCCGAUGCCUGUGCCAGACCAACUUUGCAUUGCCCAAUUGCUCACUAGAUCUUCUACACGAAUGCCCCGCUGGAUGUGAGUGCACAGCAGUCACGUCUGCGUUUGUCCAAACCAACUGCAGCUGGAGAGGCCUAUCAACUGUACCGAAGAACAUCAGCAUUUUCACCGAGUAUUUACUCCUCCAAGGCAACAUGUUGACAUUACUGAAGAGUGGCGACUUUGCAGGGCUGAGGUAUCUUAUUUCUCUACACUUGGAGAGCAACAUCAUCGCUUGGAUUGGGCAAAAUACAUUCACGCCAUGUACCCGCCUUAUCCUUCUAGACCUCCGUAACAACUCGCUAAAUGCAACAGCCUUGCGCGUUACUCCAAUAUUUCCACAGAGUCCCUUGCAACUGUACUUGUCAAACAACCCUAUUGCUACAGUGCCAGCUGAGUUUACGCAGAGUGCACAACUUGGAAGCAUUGAAAUGGUGGACUGUGGUCUAACAGAUAUCAUGGAUGGAGCUUUCUCAGGAAUGGCAAGACGCUCUACCAUAAAUUUGAGAAGCAACAACUUGACUACGCUCAGACCUGCAACGUUUGGAGCUGCUGGCAGUAACUUGUCGAGCUUAUUUCUGGACAACAAUCGCAUCAGCAGUAUCGAUGCUGACGCGUUUAUGAACCUCACUGGCCUCUACAGACUGUCAAUGAGUGGAAAUGUAAUCGGUGGUAACCUGAUGCCAAACACAUUUAAAAGCCAGUCCAAUCUGGCUUCGCUCACACUGACAAACUGCGGAAUCACUCGGCUGAGUGUGGGAACGUUCACUGGUCUAACUAGUGCCUCUACGAUCAAUUUGAACCAGAACAACUUGACUCGGCUGGAUAAUGGCUUGUUUGACGACAUCCUGAUGGGAAGUCCCUCGUUCUUCACAUUGAGCCUUGAUUUGAGCAAUAACCAAAUAUCCACUCUGGGAAAAAGGGUCUUUGCCAGUCAACGCAUAAGAAGAGUGUUCUUGUCCUACAACAAACUAUCAUCGGACGAAUUGGAGAACAGCACAUUGACGCAGUCCCAUCUGCAUCACAUUGAACUGGAUAACAACUCGCUGACAUUCCUCUCUGACUUCAUGUUCAACGGCAGUCAUUUGUUUUACUUGAGUGCCCGAAACAACAGGAUCAACCGAUUGCCGACAAGAGAAACGUUUAUGAGCACUUCUGGAGGAUCAAAUACAUUGUAUUUGGACAACAACCGACUCUCGGCUCCGAGCGCUAACACCUUCAUAGGUGUCAGGAAUAUUGAUAUACUAUCGCUGGCCGGGAAUAGAAUAUCCAGCAUAAGAGAUAGCUUGAAGGACCUGACGCUGAACUACCUUGACAUCAGUCGCAAUAGACUAUCGAGUGUGAACGACAUUACCUUGAACACAACAUCUCUCCAAACAUUGAAUGCCUCGUACAACAUGUUGACCGGCUUCAACUUGACCACUUCGAGUUCUGCAAUGCCUGGUUUAACAUCACUAGAUCUAAGUCACAACUUGAUCAAGUCAUUCUCUGAUUUGAGUCAACUCUCAGCAUUCACGCAAUUAGUCACACUAGAUCUGUCGUACAACCAGCUUGUUGACACCAGUUUCAACUUUGCAGCAAUACUAGCAGGAGACCCCUUCCACAAAACACUGAACUUGAAAGGCAAUCGGCUCCAGUCCCUGAGGAACGUUAUCUCACCAAGCUCAUAUCUCUUCACAUUUGACUUCAGCUACAACAACAUCACGUUUGACUCCAUACUGUUUCAGAGUUUGUUUUCAAACACCUCAGCUGGCAUCACAAUAACAAGCUAUGGUAACUACUUGAACGGAACGUGCCUGAAUGAUGCUGCCAACAGCCGCUCAAUUCCUAUUCAAAGCAUUGCUUCUGGCAACCAAUUCAUUGAUCUAGGUAGUCGAAACAUACCUGAUUGCGCAUGUGAAAACACAACCUGGGGCUUGGACUGCAACCAGACGUGUGCUUGCAACGAUCAAGUAGACGCCUACGCGUAUCGUCCAGACUCCAGUGUUCCGUGUAUGCUGCGUGGUGGACAGUGUCAGUGUCAAACGCAUUGGGCUGGAAGAGCUUGCCAGGAGUUCACUGUCGUACGAGUUGGAUGCUAUGCGGCAAAUGUAUCAGCCGAUUUUGAGUUGACGACUACGCCAAUGUCCGGAACAAUCCAAUCUUGCAUAGCAAGCUGCAAUGCUAGGGGCUUAUACCUGUCAGGGUCCUUCAUAGAUUCUGGCAAUCGCAUAUCAUGUGCCUGCCUACAUAACUAUGAUCACCUCGGCUCCAAGAAUGAGCACCUCUGUACACAGUCUUGUGGUAACACGACAUGUGGAGGGAACAGUUCUAUUGCAGUCUUCGCACCCAGAGCCUGUGAGUUCUCCGGCUGCAGCUGUAGUAGUCCAGAUGGUGCUGUAACAUGCAGCAACUUGACUGUCAUGCCGCAUGGGUUUCCCGUCACUACAUCCAAGCUGCUGCUUGCCGGCAAUAAAAUCCAGCGUCUGGUUGUGGCCGAUUUCCCUGCCACAUUGUCGCAACUAACUGAAAUUGACUUGUCCAACAACAUACUAAGACAAAUACAGGCAAGGACAUUCCAGCAACUGGUGGCAUUGACAAGACUGGAUUUAUCUGGUAAUCAGCUUUCAGUGCUGCAUGGAUCUGGACUGUUUUCUUCAUCGCUGCGAUAUUUUGAUGCUUCGAACAAUAACCUGGUAACAGUGAUCUUUCCGAAUGAGAUACCCAUGACAGAGCUAUAUCUUCAGAAUAACAAUAUCACCAAUCUAGUGCUGAAAGAAGCAUCUAGCCUCCAAGUCUUGAAUAUCAGCAGUAACGAACUGAUUGGCUUCAAUCACACCCAAUUUCUACGCUCGGCAGUAAACUUGACAUCUUUAGGACUGUUCUGUAAGAAUAACUUCUUCAACUGCCCUUGCCUUCAGCAAUGGGCGAACAACGUGACCUGGAAAUUGGAUGUAAACAGUACCUAUCCGGCAGAAGCGGAUGCUUGUGGCUGCUCACUGCUGGGAGGGACUUACUUGUAUGGUCGUGACUGUUCAUUGCCAUGCCAGUGUGUGACGUCAAACACACAAUCAUGUGUUCCGCGGACUGGGCAAUGCCUUUGCCAGCCCUACUUUGCACUGGACAAUUGCUCGUUGGAUGUCCGAAAUGAAUGUCCUAGUAAGUGCGAGUGCACAGCAGUCGCCUCUGCAUUUGUGCAGACAAACUGCAGCUGGAGAGCAUUGUCAUCUGUACCGAAGGAGAUCAGCAUAUACACUGAAUUUUUAUUACUGCAAGGCAACCUGCUGAUGUCGCUGAACAACACUGACUUUGCUGGACUGAAGUAUCUCAUAGUUCUGCAUUUGCAGGCCAACAGUAUUGCUUCAAUUGGGCAAGACACGUUUUCGUCAUCCGACCGACUCAUUCUUCUGGAUCUUAGCAACAACUCACUUUCCACGACAGCUUUGCGGGUUCCUCGUAUGUUGCCACAAAGUCGUGUUCAGCUGUAUCUGUCAAACAACCCUAUCAGCAGUGUGCCAGCUGAGUUUACAGCCAAUGCAAACCUGGGAAACAUCGAAAUGAAGAACUGUGGCAUAACUAAUGUCAUGGCCGGAGCUUUCUCGGGGAUGGCUAGCGGAUCUACGAUAAAUCUACACAAUAAUCUCAUUCGGCAAGUUGACCAGAUGAUGUUUUCAGCUGCCGGCUCCAAUCUCACCACAUUGAUUCUGUCGAACAAUGGUAUUCACACCGUGGCAAUCGAUGCCUUCAGAAACCUUACCAACCUAGGAGGGCUGGUACUGUAUGGCAGCAAUCUGACUGACAAGCUGCAGCCAGGACUGUUUAGAGAGCUGACUCAUCUCAACCGCCUGAUAAUGCACAAUUCUAGAAUAUCACAACUGCCGCCGGGUGUCUUCUCUGGAUUGAAGAGCAUCAACGUUGUUGAUCUUUCUUACAACAUGUUGGACGGCUUGCCUGAUCGUGUACUCACCGAUCUGCGCGAGAAUGGCACAGCUGGUGGUGAUGAGGAAUUUUCUGUGUAUCUUAAUAACAACCGGAUUUCAACCAUUGGUUCGAGUGCUUUUUCCAAUCCUAAAAUAACAUCAGCGCAACUGAACAACAACUCCCUUACAUCAGUGAAAUUGAGCAAUGGUUGCUUGCGACAACCCAACCUGGGUCAUAUCUGGCUGGACUACAAUCAGCUUACAGACCUAACGGACAACAUGUUCAACGUGGACCAACUAGCCCUACUGUCUGCGAAUGGAAAUAUGAUCUCAUCCCUUCCAACCAGGAGAAUAUUUUCCCAUUUGGAGUAUGGCAAAACAUUAAGCCUCGAGGACAAUCUUCUUGACCAGGCCCUACAGGUUCCUGGGGCUCUUGCCAAAUUGGGAGGUUUGCAGACAGUCUCCAUUGCAGGCAAUCGCCUGACAGCAGUUGCAGCGCUCCAGGGCACUGAUGAGUUUACAAACCUGGACAUCAGUCGAAAUCAGCUGUCGACGUGGAGUGGAAUAGCAUUAAACUUCUCGGCUCUGACUGUACUGAAGGCCUCAGGCAACCAGUUCUCUGAUUUUAAUGCCAGCAUUCCUUCAGCGACUGACCCAUCGUUGCAUAGUCUUGACCUAAGCCACAACAACAUCACCUUUGCUGGUUUGCAGAAAAGUGAUGCCUUGACACGAUGCCAACAAUUGACUGGCUUGGAUUUGUCCUAUAAUCAUCUUGCAAGUCAACUAUACACCGGCGCUGGAGAGGUUUUCUCAAACCUGACGAAACUCCAUGACCUGAAUCUGGCAGGAAAUGGCUUUACAACUCUCAGGAACGUCCUUCCACGGGUUAUACAGCUGCAAACAAUCAAUCUGGAUAUGAACAACCUUGUAUUCAACAAGACAGAAUUUGAGGAGGUGUUUGCAAAUGCUACGGCAGGACUUCAGGUAUCUCUGAAGGAUAACUACCUCAACAGUGCAUGCUUAGAGCCAACUAUCAACUAUCCCAGUCCCAUUGGUCAAACGGAGCUCCUGUUCAACGGACGCAGGGUCUUUGUACCACGGAGACAAAUAGGGACAUGCGGCUGCCCGGCGACGACGUAUGACCGUGGGUGUUCUAACCAGUGUGGGUGCAACAGCCAGGAAACGCCUGGUGUGGUCACUACCAACUUCAGCUUACCUUGUCAAGUAGUCACAGGCCAGUGUAGCUGUCAACUACCCUGGACUGGCCUUGACUGUGCUGUAUAUGCUAUCUCAACACUUCCACCAACAACCACCCCAUCACCAGCAGCCACAACUCCAGCAGCCACAACUCCAGCAGCCACAACUCCAGCAGCCACAACUCCAGCAGCCACAACUCCAGCAGCCACAACUCCAGCAGCCACAACUCCAGCAGCCACAACUCCAGCAGCCCCAUCUCCAGCAACAACACAGCCUCCAACAAUGCCUCCAACAACACCGCCACCUGCAACAACGACACCUGCACAGAAUCCCCCAAGCCCAACAACAUAUACCAUUGAAACAGUGCCCCUGUCAACGAACCCCCCAGCAUUCACAGUACCACCGACAAGUUGGGACAGGCCGGAAGAUGUAAAAGAUUGGGUUGGCGACCUGUUCAGCAUUGAGACGUAUAACCUCGGUGUACAGAAUAUCACUGAUUUGAUCCUGCAAAACGCCAGUGCAGCACAACUAGUCUCCUUGGCUGUCAACAAUAAACAAGGGCUCCUAGAACUCCUCAGAAGUAUCUUUGAUGGCAUAGAUACUGACAUUGCGAUCAUUCUGGCAUCGAACUUGAUCUCUCGUGUUGAGCCUCCAGCGCCUACAAGACUGGCUGUUAGUACUACUGCUGAACAACCACCGGCAGAAUCCGGAGGCUCGUCAAUAGGACCUGUGAUCGGAGGAGCAGCCGGUGGUGUCGUGGUCAUUGUUGUCAUCGUAGUCAUCCUUAUUGUGUUGAGGGGCCGGCGCAGCAAGUACGAUGUGUCUGGAAGUGAAGUUCAGCUCCAGAGCAUUGAUGCCGAUGGGUAUGUUCUUUUGCGCGUAUUAUGUGCAUUUACCUAAUAUGAACACCUAUUCACAUAAUUCUAGUG